AUGGGUCGUCUAUUGCGUAGGCGACCCGGAGGCGAUUUGCGUAAGAUUCAAAACGUGCAUGACCUUGCAGCUGAUCAGCGCCCACUGUCAUUUGCAACAGACACGUCUCUCACUGAAUCAUUCACGUCUUCGGCACGUCACUAUCUCAGAAGAAGCUUUUCCCGAUCCUCUCAAGCCAGGGCUCAGUCAACACCACCGCGCUUCGACCUCAUCAACACACAUUCGUCUCAGAACCUUCGUCCCUCCUUUGAAGCGGCUAUAGCUGAAUUUUCACGCAUUCCUGAUGAUGCUGACGGAGGAAUUGAGUCGACGUUACUGAAGCUAGAAGGGAAAUGGCCUUCUCCGACCCUCUCUGAUAGUCAAGAUGCCUCAGUUCAACACUUUCAUCAUGGAGGAGACUCGUCCAAUACUGCUAUGACAGCGACAAGCAAUCUGGAAAGACUUCCGCUGAGAUCUGAGGAGACGAUGGCCGUCGGUCACUCCGGCUCGCAACCUCAGGUAUAUACCGAUUCCGUUGCGGAAUCGGAGUUUUCCGAUAAUUCUAUCCCUCUUCUAGAAAGGGGCUUGAGCGACGAUUCCAUGAAAAAACCAGUUCCUGGUGUUCGUGCACAUAUUACGCCUCGUCAGUCUAUACAACAUACCCCGGUCAACGCAAACAUGGCCAUUGCCGACUCUCCCCGUCCUUCCAUUCAAUUGAUUGAUGACAACGACGGAAUCCGACAAAUCAUAAACGACAUAGAUGAAUAUCAUGAUGCCGAUUAUCAGUCAGAGCAGUAUGAAAAUGUGGAUAGUAGAUCGGAACUAUCCUCUGAACUAUCUGUGGAGUUCAUUGAAAAAGACCACGCUUUUGAAGCAUCGAGCAGCACAGAUUCUCUCGCAACCCAGUCCUUGGAGAUUCCACCCCAUCCUCUUGCGCAUCCUCCUUCACCCCCGAUAACUAUUCCACAGGCGGCUUCAGCUAGUGUUCAUCGUAAACCGGACACUCCUGUGAACGCGCCGGCACCUUUGACCCCGGGCCCAUCCCCUACUCGCAUGGGUGAUCAAUAUCGUGGACGCCACAAUUCGGAUGAGAUUGCAAAUAUUGAACACAAGCUUGCUGGCUUGCACAUAGACAUCCCGCACAUGCCGCGUCAUUUUCCUUUCGUACUGGCGUACGAUUCCAAGUUACUUGCCCAACAAUUUACCCUCGUCGAAAAGUCGGCUUUGGACGAAGUUGACUGGAAAGAUCUUGUUGAAAUGAAGUGGAACAGUACUUCGCCGUCAAUUGUCAGUUGGGUUCACUUCCUUGCUGAGAAGGAGCGCAAAGGAAUUGACAUUGUCGUGGGCCGGUUCAAUCUUAUGGUGAAAUGGGUCCUUUCUGAAAUUGUCCUCACCCGAGAUAUUUCAGAGCGGGCCCGAACGAUCUCCAAGUUCAUCCAUAUCGCCGCGCACGCCAGACAAACAUGCAACUAUUCGACAAUGCUACAGAUUGCGAUUGCUUUAUCUUCAGUCGACUGUACACGGCUACAGAGAACCUGGAAUCUGGUGAGCUUGAGUGACAGACGCCUCUUGGACAGCAUGGAGUCUCUGAUACAACCUCUCCGCAAUUUCCACGAGUUGAGAGUCGAGAUGGAAACCGCCAAUCUUCAAAAUGGCUGCAUUCCUUUUGUUGGUCUAUACGUUCACGAUCUGACCUACAACGCCCAGAAACCAUCUCAAGUCGCCGGAACCCGGGAUGGUGAUGCACUUGUCAAUUUCGAACGAUAUCGGACCUCGGCUAGAAUUGUUAAAUGUCUCCUACGUCUUAUCGAUGCUAGUAACAAGUAUAACCUCGAACCUAUUCCUGGAGUCGUUGAGAAAUGUUUGUGGAUCGGUUCUCUGCCGGAGGAUCAGAUUCAAGCUUUCAGCAAGAGCUUGGUAUAG